GCCCCCGCUGCGCGGUCGUCCACGUGACAUGGCAAAGACGGGGCGCCGGAGCUGCCAUUUUGCACGGGAGGGCGGCACCUUAUACUUCCUAAACUUCAUCCUCUAGUCUGGCGAUCUCGCGGCCUCAGAUCUCACCUUUCUCCAAUUUUCAAGACUUUUCCUCUUGCUGAUUCCGGGACCUCCUCUGACUGCUAGGCUAUUUUCUCUGCCUGGUGACCUUUUGACCUUUUGACCUCUGGCUCAAAGGGUCUUCUUAUGUAACACACAAUCCUCCCAUCUCCCCAAGUGCUGGGAUUACAGGAGAUUGCCACCACAUCUGGAUGUGCUAAAGCUUUUGAAAUCUACAUCCCUGAGACCAACACUUUCAGAGAAUCCUGCCUUCUCCCACCAUUGCCUCCUGAAGACCCCAAAAUGACUUCUCAAUGCCCUCUUCCCCUAGAGCCCCUAGGACCUCCAAAAGCCCCCAUCCUUCAGCCUCCUCUAUCCACAAGUCCCUUGGACUUCUCUUUGGCACUCCCUCCCUGUGUUCUCCAGGCCCCCAUCCCUCCACCACCUCCACUGCCUCCUCCACCAACUGCCAUUGGGGCUGGGCCCCCUCAUGUCUAUGGCUUAGAGAAGAGCCGGCUCCUGAAAGAGGUCUUGGAGAAGUCCUGCCCUGUUGCCAAGGGCAGAGAAGAUGUGAAGAGGCUCCUUAAGCUGCACAAGGACCGGUUCCGGAGUGACUUGCAGUGGAUUCUCUUCUGUGCUGACCUACCAUCCCUCAUCCAAGAAGGCCCUCAGUGCGGGUUGGUGGCCUUGUGGAUGGCAGGCACUCUUGUGUCACCUCCCGGUGGCAUCCCCCUGGAGAGACUCACGCAGGUGGCCAUGGAGAGAGGCUACACGGCCCAGGGAGAGAUGUUCUCUGUGGCUGACAUGGGCAGGCUGGCAGAAGAGAUGCUGAGCUGCCAGGCUGAGCUGAUCUGUGGUGGCCUGGGUGGUUCCAACCGGACUCGGGUCCUGCAGCACCUCAUCACUGGACAGCCCAUGCUCAUCCCCUACGAUGAGGAUUUCAAUCAUGAGCCAUGUCUGAGGAAGGGCCACAAGGCCCACUGGGCAGUGUGUGCAGGCGUCUUGUUGGGUGUGCAGGGUACACUGAGCCCUGGCUACAUGGAGGACCCUGAGAUGCCAGGCCUUUUCCAUCCUGUGCCUGGUGCAGCCUGCCAGCCACCAUCCUUGCCAGAGGAAGGCACUCCAGGCACCGUCUUCCUUCUCUCCAAACAAGGCAAGAGUUGGCACUACCAGCUAUGGGACUAUGACCAAGUCCGGGACAGCAAUCUGCAGCUGACAGACUUUUCACCUGCAAGGGCCACCGAUGGACGGGUGUAUGUGGUGCCCACUGGUGGGGUACGUGCAGGCCUCUGUGGCCAGGCCCUGCUCCUCAGACCAUAGAAGUCAAGCCACUAGCUGUGGCUGCAGCAACUGAUCACACCUUAUCUCUGUCACCCCUGGACAAGCGUCCCAGCUUCUCAUGUGACAGCUGUGGGUUUAGCAUGGGUCUCUCACCACCUACUGCUCAGAGACCUUUCCCAGGUCUCCCCAAUAUCUUGUCUCAAGCCCAUCCCUUCUGGAGUUGAGCACUGAUCCCCCUCUCCAGGGAGACACAACGUGCCUCUUGGGGGUAUCUUCUAAGCUGGACAUCUGCAGGCACUUCCUGCCUGGGCCCUAACCCCAGCCUGCUCAGAAGCCUGCAUGGAAUGCUUCCCACUGAGUUCUCCUGGUCCUUCUCACCCUUUGUGCCACCGGCCACCCUGGCCUUUCUACAGGCCCUGUGUUAAGUUACUGGUGUUUUUUGUUUGUUUUUUGCCUCAC